UUAAAUAGCGCGUGUACUCCAGCGUCGGAUGUGAGCGUGGAGUCGCCGCGCGCGUGUGGUUUCAGUUCACAGCUGGUUGCGGUCCGGUCCGGUGCGGUCCAGUGCUGCGGGGCUACUGGUGUCGGACUACGGCUGUGCGGGGCUGCAGGGCUGGAGUGGUUUUAUAUUUGCACCUCCUGAAGCAGUAGAAGAAAAAGAAAACGGAAAGUAAAAGCAAGUAAACGAUGAAGGUGUGGAAAAGAGCGCUCGUGCUAUGUUUGAUCUGUUUACACGGACCGAUGUUAUCAGUCCAGAUGUGCGACAUCAAGAUGGACCUGGAGAUGGAGCGAGAUGAGUGCUUGGCCGAGUUGGAAAAUGUCACAUCAGGAUGCAGUGGCGAGUGGGACUUUGCGUGUUGGCCGUCGGCGUCGUUUGGACAGAUGGUCACCAUCCCCUGCCCCAAAUACUUUACUCAUGUCAGUGACCAGGAAGGUAAUAUAUCGAGGGUAUGCACGGAGGACGGCUGGACGAACAUCGACUCCGCCGUGAGCGCUCAGAACUGCGGCUAUAGCCUCAAUUUCACUGAAGUGGACAUGGAUUUCUCUCACGGUGAAUUCCUGCGCUCUGUGAGGAUCGGAUACACCAUCGGUCACGCCGUGUCUCUGGCGUCCCUCGUCAUCGCCAUCUUCAUUCUGUGCUUUUUCAGGAAGCUCCAUUGUACGAGGAACUACAUUCACAUCCAUCUCUUCCUGUCAUUCAUUCUGAAGGCCAUCGCGGUCAUAAUGAAGGACGUGGCUCUCUAUGAGGUGGAUCCAGACGAGUGCAAUCCUGGUUCUGUAGGAUGCAAGGCUGCAGUGGUGUUCUUCCAGUAUGGCGUCAUGGCCAGCUUCUUCUGGCUGCUGGUGGAGGGCCUCUACUUACAUGCACUCCUUGCCGUCUCCUUUUUCUCGCACAGGAAGUACUUCUGGUGGUACAUCCUAAUUGGCUGGGGAGUCCCGGCAGUCUUCAUCAGCAUAUGGAGCAUUGCUAAAGCCUACUUGCAUGAUGUCGGAUGUUGGGAUUUUAUUGAUGACAAUCUGUGGUGGAUUAUAAAAACCCCUAGUCUGCUAAUAAUCCUGUUAAAUUUCAUCCUGUUCAUAUGCAUCAUCCGGAUUCUUCGUCAGAAAAUCAACUGCAGGGACAUCGGGAGGAACGAAUCGAACCAGUACUCGAGGUUGGCGAAAUCGACUUUGCUUUUGAUUCCUCUGUUUGGAAUCAACUACAUCAUCUUUGCCUUCAUGCCUCAUCAGGUGAAGUCUUACAUGCGGCUAGUGGUUGACCUUAUAUUGGGUUCUUUUCAGGGCUUCUGUGUCGCUAUCCUGUACUGUUUCCUGAACGGAGAGGUGCAGGCUGAGAUCAAGCGAAAGUGGCACAUGCAGAGGUUUCUGGGCACCAACCCCAAGUACCACCAGCCUUCUCUGGCCAGCAACGGCAGCACCUCCAACACCCAGAUCACCAUGCUUACCAAGUGCAGCCCCACCACACAGCGUGUCUCCAGCUACACGGACGACUUCUCCACUAUUUGAGAUGACAGAAUGACCUCACAUCCAAAAAUCGAGAACUCCCCGUCCCACGCUCCUGGGUCGAGCUCAGAGCUGAACUCAUUUCCAUCUUUGCAAUGUUGAGGGGGGUGGGGGCAGUGGAAUGCUGGGGAGUUUAGAUGCUCGGCGUCAAACAGGCAUGUGGUCUAGCGCAUCCAUGAUGUAAAUGCUGAUGUUCUUAAUCAUUCUGGUAGCUAGCCCUUGCGAAGGAUCGUCGGAGGAAGAGCGGGUUUUCCCACUUUUAUAAUUACGUCAUUGUCAUGGAACAUUUUGAGGUCCAAAUAUUUUAAAGAAUGCAAAGAACGGACAGAAGAUGUGCACUCUGUGAAGUUCCAGAGUGAGAAUUAUGUCUUGUGGAACUCUAGAAUGCACACACCCCACACACACCUACCAGGAUGGGAUCUGUGAUAUGAGUGGUGACAUUUCUGUUCAUCCAGGCGCUAUCAACCUAUUUCAGCUGAAUUCAUUUGUCAGGUUUUAAACACUUCAUUACCUGUAAGGCGACCUCAGAGGUGUGCAAUAGGCCCUUUUCAUUUCAUAUUUUUUGCUCUCAUUAUUAAGAGAACAGCAUAAACAAUCUACCGUCUUUUUUUUGCAUUUUCUAUUUGUUCCUUGUGCCACCCUUCCUUAAUUUCAUUUUAAUUGCCAACCUCUUAUUUGUUCCACUGACAGUCAUGAAGAAUGUUUAAUUUUUAAUCACAGUGUAUUUAUCCUGUAUGUAUGUAUGUAUGUGUGUGUGUGUGUGUGUGUGUGUGUGUGUGUGUGUGUGUGUGUGUGUGUGUGUGUACUCUGGGUGUUUUGUGCCUGUAAUGUUAUUUUAUAGAUCUCUCUGUAAAUGUUGGCAUAGUAAGAUUUUGUAAGAUUUGGAUUCUAUAGGAAUAUAUUACUGUGCUAUAUUAGUCCAGACAGUUCAAAAUACUCAUUUUUAUUUUUUUAUAUACUUGUAAAUGUCUUUUAUAAUUUUGGGACCAGAAUGUGUGUGUGUGUGUGUGUGUGUGUGUGUGUGUGUGUGUGUGUGUGUGUGUGUGUGUGUGUGUGAGACCAAUAUUUUCUUUGAACUGGUACAAUUCUCAUGAAUGUUUACGUGCAUGCUCGUAAUACAUGUGUAGAAAUAAAACUAUUUAUGUACACAAAAUAAAUCCAAGAUUGGAGAUUGGUAAUUGAAAUAGUUUUGAAAUAAAAAUCAAAUAACAUA